AUGGGUGAAUGGGUAGGAAAUAAAAACUGCUUGAGUAAUGGAUGGCAUGCACAGACGUACACCGGUACAGUGGUGGUCACUAGAGGGGUGGAGAAUGCUGUGACUGAAAAAAGUAGAGCCAAAACUCACCUUACUGUCAAAAGGGGUGCUUUGGAAGAAAUAGGAAAUAAAGUUGCAACAAGAGGAACACGUAUAGCUAAGAAAACAGAAUACUCCAAAGCACCUAUAAAGCCUACGAAAGGACCUAGUAAGAUGACAAAUGUAACUGUACUGCCUAAACCUCCAGCUGCUGUGAAUCGAUCACUCAAAGAAACUGGUGUUCCAAAGGUUCUGUCUCCUGUCCCUAUGGAUGUGUCUGUGCAAGAAAAGGAUUUGUGCCAAGCCUUCUCUGAUGUGUUGCUCAACAACGUAGAAGACAUUGAUGCUGAGGACUGGGGGAAUCCCCAGCUGUGUAGUGACUAUGUAAAAGAUAUCUAUCUGUAUCUCAGAGAGCUCGAGCUGCAGCAAUCGGUCCGCCCACAUUACCUGGACGGGAAGACGAUCAAUGGGCGUAUGCGUGCAAUUUUAGUUGACUGGCUUGUCCAGGUCCACUCAAGAUUCGCGCUUUUGCAGGAAACACUGUAUAUGUGUGUUGCACUUAUUGAUCGCUUCUUACAAAGUCGGCUAGUACCUCGUAGGAGCCUUCAGCUGGUGGGUGUAGCAGCAUUGUUUCUAGCUUCAAAAUAUGAAGAGAUGCACUCUCCUGAUGUAGCAGACUUUGUUUACAUUACUGACAAUGCCUACACUGAUAAUGAAGUUAGAGAAAUGGAGAUUAUGAUUCUUAAAGAGUUAGACUUCAAUUUGGGACGACCUCUUCCAAUUCACUUCUUAAGAAGAGCAUCAAAAGCUGGGGAGGCUGACGGUAAGGAACACACGCUAGCAAAAUACCUAAUGGAGCUGACGCUGAUAGACUACGACAUGGUUCACCAUCGUCCUUCAGAGAUUGCAGCUGCUGCAUUAUGCUUGUCCCAAAAGGUUCUGGGAACUAACAAAUGGGGUACAAAGCAGCAGUACUACACUGGGUAUACAGAAGACAAUCUUGUGGUGGCUAUGAAACAUAUGGCCAAGAACGUGGUCAAAGUAAAUGAGAAGUUAACAAAAUAUACUGCUAUAAAGAGCAAGUAUGCAAGUAACCGACUACUGAUGGUCAGCACAAUCCCUCAGCUGAAUGGCAAGAUAAUCAAGGACCUGGCUUCAUCACUCUUAGGAUAA